AUGAUACAAAACUCAAUAGCAAAAUCGUUUGCUUUAAAAUCCACAUCCUCGACUUCUUUGAAAUGCUCAAUUAACACCAUAAGAACUUUGGCGACCGCUGCUGGUGACCCAUCUCAGACUCCUCCUCCACGUCAAUAUGGGGAUUUAAAGGAUAGCGACAGAAUUUUCCAAAACAUUUAUAGCAAUUAUGGUGCCGAUUUAAAAAGUGCAAUGAAAAUGGGUGAUUGGUAUAAGACCAAGGAAAUCAUCCUUAAAGGUGAUGCGUGGAUCAUCGAUAAUAUGAAAAGAUCUGGUUUGAGAGGAAGAGGUGGUGCAGGUUUUCCAUCUGGCUUGAAAUGGUCCUUCAUGAACCCUCCAGGCUGGGAAAAAAAUGUAGGUCCAAGAUAUUUGGUUGUCAAUGCCGAUGAAGGUGAACCUGGUACCUGUAAAGAUAGAGAAAUCAUGAGAAAGGAUCCCCACAAAUUAAUCGAGGGUUGUUUAUUAGCAGGUAGAGGAAUGAAUGCCAAUGCCGCCUAUAUUUAUAUUAGAGGUGAAUUUUACAAUGAAGCCUGUGCUUUACAAAAUGCUAUAAAUGAAGCUUAUAAAGCUGGCUUUAUAGGAAAAAAUGCCUGUGGUUCAGGUUACGACUUUGACGUUUAUGUCCAUAGAGGUAUGGGUGCCUAUGUCUGUGGUGAAGAAACCGCUUUAAUCGAAAGUUUAGAAGGUAAAGCUGGUAAACCAAGAUUAAAACCUCCAUUUCCUGCUGGUGUUGGUUUAUUUGGUAGACCAUCUACUGUUGCAAAUGUUGAAACUGUUGCAGUAGCUCCAACCAUUUUAAGACGUGGACCUGAAUGGUUUGAAUCCUUUGGUAGACCAAGAAACUCUGGUAUCAAAUUGUAUGGUAUUUCGGGCCAUGUUAAUAACCCAUGUGUUGUUGAAGAAGAAAUGUCAAUACCUUUAAAGUAUUUGUUAGAAAAGCACUGUGGAGGUAUCAAAGGUGGAUGGGACAAUUUAUUAGGUAUUAUUCCCGGUGGUUCAUCCGUUCCAAUAUUACCAAAACAUGUCUGUGAAGAUGUCUUGAUGGAUUAUGACGCAUUGAAGGAUGUUGGUUCCGGUUUAGGUACUGCAGCAGUUAUUGUUAUGAACAAACAAACCGACGUUGUUAGAGCCAUUCAAAGAUUGAGUGCUUUUUAUAAACAUGAAAGUUGUGGCCAAUGUACUCCAUGUCGUGAAGGUACUACUUGGUUAGACAAAAUGAUGAGAAGAUUUGUCAAUGGUCAAGGCUCCGAAAGGGAAAUCGACAUGAUUUGGGAAUUAUCAAAGGAAAUUGAAGGCCAUACUAUCUGUGCUUUGGGUGAUGCCGCUGCUUGGCCAGUGCAAGGUUUGAUCAGACAAUUCAAACCAGAAAUGAUUGCUAAAUUCAAAAAAUUCGAAGAAAACAUAGGCUCAUCAGUAUCGUAUGGUGGUUGGGAACCAGGCUCUGAUGUUAGAAAUGGAAAAGUGGUUGGGUCCCACGUACCUCAUGAACACUAG